AUGGUGUCACACAAUAAUGUAUUACCAAAUGUUCACCUUCAUAAAUGGUGGCAAAGAUAUGUUAGAGUAGACUUUAGCAAAAAUAUAAAAAGAAAACAAAGAAGAUUAUUACGAGCAAAAAGGCAAAAACAAAAUGGACCUACACCUAUCGAAAAAUUACAUCCAGUAGUUCAUUGCCCUACCCAAAGAUACAAUUAUAAAACUAGAUUAGGAAAAGGAUUUACCCUUGAAGAAAUAAAGGCGGUAAAACUAACCCCUAGUGCUGCCAGAAGCAUAGGCAUAAUUGUUGACAAGCGAAGAAAAAAUAGAUGUGAAGAAUCAUUAAAAGCAAAUGCUGAAAGAUUACAAAAAUACUUAAAUAGUAUAGUUAUGAUUCCAUUAAAAAAAGAUAAGCCUAAAAAUGGUAUUGGAGGAAUACCAGCUGAUGCUACUAAAGAAGUUAUAGAACAACAUAAAGACAAAAAACAAUUACGUAGUAUAUUUAAGAAGGGAUCUAGCGUUAAACCAUUCUAUGAAACAAUAGAAACUUCUAAAAUAGAUAAAUCUACCUCAGCAUAUAAAACAUUAAGAAGAGCUAAAUUAGCAGAAAGACGAAAGAACAGACAACAACAAAGAAAAGAUAUUAAACGUAAAUCUAAAGAUAAUUGA